GCAGCUGGAUGAGGGAGGACAACAAAGGGGAAAAGGCAUCACUACAGGGAUCUUUGGGCACUGCCAGGGCACCGCGACCCCCUGCUGGCUAUCGUGCCAGCCUGGAAUACACAGCAGCAGGGACGGCUGUGGCCGCUCGGGGGACAUUUUAGCAGCGCCUCCUGGAUUGGGUAUGUCAGUCAGGGUCCUGCCCUGAUGGAUGCCACAGGAAAGUGACUGAAAGUUCUUGUGCCACACAAGGAGGCGGAGAAGGUGGCAGCUUCCCGGGCAGCAGCUGUGUCUGCUCAGUCCUGCUCGCUCAGCCCUUUGUGUCUGGAAAGAGAAAGGGCAGGGGGGGUGGCUAUAAAGCAGCUAACGGGUCUGGGAAGUGGGACAUUGACAGGAAAUUUGGAGAGCAUCCGGCACCACAGAGAGAGGGAAGAAGUGACCGGAGGCAUGAGAGACACGGACAUGGACACGGACCGCGCGAAAUGAAUAAUUUGGGCUCUGGGAAGGCCAGGCAUUGCCCUUGUGGAGCCUAAGGAAGGAGCUAUUGUAAUAUAUGCUGUGUGCACAUCUGUCAAGGAAACGGCGACAUCUCUCUUACCUUCUUCUUUGUCAUUAUUCUUCCAUAACCUUUUCUUCACAAAUGUCUUCUACUACUAACAGGGAACAGCCCAUUUUUAGCACCCGAGCCCAUGUUUUUCAAAUUGAUCCCGUCACCAAAAAGAACUGGAUCCCAGCCAGCAAACAUGCCGCUACGGUAUCAUACUUCUUUGAUGCCACAAGAAAUGUGUAUCGGAUCAUUAGUGUGGGCGGCACCAAGGCUAUUAUCAACAGCACUAUUACUCCAAACAUGACCUUUACAAAGACGUCGCAGAAAUUUGGACAGUGGGCUGACAGCCGAGCAAACACAGUAUAUGGCUUGGGCUUUGCCUCUGAACAGAACUUGACACAGUUUGCAGAGAAGUUCCAGGAAGUGAGAGAGGCUGCCCGACUGGCAAGAGAGAAAUCUCAGGACAAAACCGAACUGACAAAUCCAGCUCUCAAUAUCACCGCACAGCAGAUAGUACCUUCUCCGAUCAUUAAUAACAAUGGACCAGGAGAUGAGAAGCUCUUCAGGAGCCAGAGUGCAGAGAUGGAGUUCAGUACAGAACGAGAACGGGUGAAGAAGAUGUUGUCAGAAGGAUCAGUGUGUGAGGUGCAGUGGGAAGCCGAGUUCUUCAGUCUUCAGGACAACAACAAUAAGUUGGUAGCUGCUUUGCGGGAAGCAAAUGCCAAUGUGGAGAAGUGGAAGAAGCAGCUGGCCGGAUAUCAGGAGGAGGCAGAAAAACUACGGCAAAGGGUUACGGAGCUGGAGAGCCAGUCUACAACGGUGCCUGACACAGACCAGGAAAACGAACUUUCUGAACGCCUAAGAGAGCUCGAGAUGCAGCUUACCAACAAAGAUGAGGAGAUCCUUCAGUUGAAAGGACAAAGACCUGACCUUACAGAGCUGGAGAGUGAAAGGGAUGAGCUACUACAGAAACUCCAAGAGCUGGAGGAUCGAAACCAAGAACUGGAGAAAGAGCUGCAGAAGGCAGAGCAGAGUUUGAACGAUACACACUUGGAAAGAGACAGGAUACGGGAUGAAAUCAGCAGAGCUGGGGAUGAGCUGGAUAUAAAAAUCUGUCAGCUUAAUGAAUUGCGUUUGGGGCUUUCCCAACUCCUUGAAGGAAACUGAAGACUGGAAGGAUGGCUUCUGACUAAACUGCUGAUUAUGAUUGUAUAUCUAGUGGGAUUUGGGAUGGCAGCUGGACCAUUCCUAACUCCUAGUAAGAGACAGAUGAUCCUGGAGUACAAUAGUCACCACUUGUUAAUCUACAGUAUUUACUGGCUUCAUGUCUGUAAAUGUUAGCUGUCUCGCUCAGACAGCUGUAGAGGUAGAAAACCAGGUCCAAGUCCAGCCUAUUUACUUGCUAUUACCUAUACUUCUGCUGCAAUUCUAAUUGAAAAUAGAAGUUUCCCUUUCUCUGCAGUUUGUACUAAUUUCUAACCAGGAACAAAAGCCAUGAAACAAAACCAAAAGGAAUAUCUGGACUGCACACCAGAGUAGAUGUAUGCCCAUGUAAUACAAUUACUAUUCCCUCUGGUGAGAGAUAUCAACAGAAUAUAUUCACUGUGCAUUUCCACAUGAUAAACCAGCUUUAUAAGGUCAAAAACAACGUAAAACCCCACAAAAUCCGGGACCAGCUAUGUCAAUGCCUUAAAUAUAUAACUGGACUGUUACCAUUCUCUGACAAGGGGGACAUACAUAGACACAGGUAUUGUAUUCUAGCCAGUUUCAUUAAAGGUACUUAUCAAAUGGUAAAGGAUAAUGAUAUUGCCUACGCUAUAAUCAGACACACAUCUCAGUGGAUUUGACUUUCAGGGAUAAUCCGUUUUAGCUAUAAUAUGAAAUGCAGUGAAGAGAAUUGAAAAUGAUCAUACCGACGUUUUGGAAUAUUUGCAUAGCACAUGGCAUCACUUCUGGCUAGAACGCAGUUUACAUACAUUACAACCUACAGGGUGGGUGAUUUCAGGUAAUACAGCUCCAUUGGCGGUGGGAGCAUGCAAGAUACAGUUUCAACGUCACAGCAGAUACAGGCACUGAGCCGCUGUUGGACACUGUGAAUGCAAAACUCAUCUCGAAGACACACAUGGACUGAAGUAGGAAAAUACAUGUAAAUGGAUAGUCUAACUGCCACCAUAAAAUAUUCAUCUCAUGCACCUUUUUAGGAGCUUUUGUCAUAGGGGCACAAAGUCAACUAAUUAUGACUCAAUACCCCUCUAUUUCUUGCCUUUAAUACCUGGCCAAAGUACAAGUAACCUUAAAAUAAAAAGGUGCCUGUGCACUGUAGAUGUGCAUCAAUCAGGAGAUUACCUAGAGUGAGCCGUACGAAUACAGCCUGUCACAACGUUAUUUUAGCCAUUUCUGUGAUGAUAUAAAGAGAUGUACUAGAGCUUAGCGAGUAUGUGUGUUUUAUAGCCUUAAAAAUCCUUUAAGACAUUCAAGUAAUCACUAGUGAAGAAAGUGUUGUGAGAACUAGCCAUUUGUGCCAACAUUCUGCUUCACUGCAGUUAUUUUAUUAUCUACUGCACCAUACACCCAGCAUAUAAGGAUGUGGGCAUGCACCUCUGGCUGGCAGCUACAGUAUCUGGUCAGAACCCUAUUGAAAAGCUCCCUAUACAUUAAAAGCCGGGGACACAUUUAAAUGCAUUUUUUGCAGUACGGUAUUGUACUUAUUUUGCACCAAGACAUUUUGCAACCAUUUGUCUUCUGCUGCCUGCACUGUUUAACAUAUAAUGCAGGCUGUUCUGCCCUUUACAGUAAAAUGCGCCAGAGACGCUGUCUGAUGGAACGGUCAGUAACUCUUGUGUUUGAGCCUGAAGGAGUGCAAAGACAUUUCAGAUGAAUUGUUAUCAAUUUACUGAGCGAUCAGGUUACUGCUGCAGCCCACAGAGGUCUUGAGGAGAAAAGCCUAUAUUCAAAUGGAACCAGUCGGAAUUCUGUUAUCAUAACCUCAUAGUAUACUCCAUAAAUACUGGACAAGGAAGACCAGCACCGAUUUAUUGCAUAUUUAGCAUCAAAACGGUGUCAUGCUUCAGCUAAAUCUGAGAAAAUGCCUCUAUUUUAAUGCUAAGUAUACAAGAAGUACCAAUUUUCCUUCUAAAAUUAGAUAACGCCUGAAAAUCCUUCUUCCUUCACCCAAACAGUGUGACUGACAAAUUUUUAUGCGGGUAGAACUGAAAAUUACUGUGCGGUUGGACAAAAAGGACUCACAGGCUUUCUAUAGAAGCCCCGGCAGCAUUUUAACAGCUUAGUACAUACUGACUAGAACCAUAAGUAACACAUAUUCCCAUCAUAUUCAGCAUCUCCUCCUCUAUCUAAAACUAAUUUAUGCGGAUAAAUCUCUGGAGUGACUGUAUUGACAUCCUAUUCAUAGUUGGAAAUAGGACAUUCAUUUUUUAGGUAUUUGUUGUAGGCAGUGCCAGAUUUUGUGAAAUGAUCGGUCAUUUGUGGAUAGUCCAUAUGCAUAAUCCAAAGACAAUAUAACUGGUGGCAUGCAGCCACCAAAUACCCACCAUUUAUGGAAGCAGAGUCUGUCAUUGUUCUUAUCAGCAAGAACCACAGGUACUUGUAGUAAUGGAAUAACUUGAAAAAAAAGGUGAAACACCAUUGUUGACCAAACCUGGCUAUGUAGUCAGCAAAUUCUCUAACUUUUUGUAAAUCUGAAUAUCCUGACACUAUCUGGAAAUGCCCAGUAUGCUGCUACUGGUGGCUCCUUUAACCUUCAUAUCGUGUAUCUGUUUAAUGUGUAAUGCUAUGACUGGGGUUUGGGUCUGAUUGACUCAUUGAAUAAACAGAGUGGGGUAUACAGAUCCUCUAGACAAAACUGGUUACCUCAUUUUAUACUUUUCAGUACAAGGAGAUCUAUAGGGAAUUAUGAUCUAAGGGUCCAUAGCAGAGACGUACUAGUACACGUCAUGUAAUUUUUUUUUUCUUCUCUUUUAGACAGGGUUUCUUAUUUAUUGUGUUCAGCUAAAAACUGGUUUUGUAAAAUAAGAACUAAUAGGCCUUACUGAAUUCUAUAGAGGACCUGCACACCUCAAUUUUAUGUCCCUUCAGCAUUUUAAAGCCAGAACCUAUCAGGAUCAUGACAUCAAUGCAGACAGGCUCUCUGGUUACCCACAAUUACAUUUUAAAGUGAAGAGCUGUGAUGUUUCAUGGAAAGCAUAGCUUAAAACGUUCCAGGAACGUUAAGAGUCACAGGCAGCCCCCUCCAGCUUAACCCCAAUUGGGGAGUUCUUCCCCCUAUUGGUGUACACCAAGAGACCCGUCAGCCAAGCUAAGCCUGGCAGGCCCCUUUUGACUAUUUUCCCCCUUCUCUGGCUCAUUCAUUUUAGGGUUUGACUACGUGGUACUAGGUCGUGUAACAGUUGUUGUGCCUCAAGAAUCGCAGUGUAGAAGUGCUAGCGUAGAAAUAAAUGGGGUCGCAGUGCAAGUCACACGUUUGCCACAACCCCAGAAUCACAAAACCAGUGUUGGAUGUUUUGCAACUCUAAGGUUGCAGCAGUGACAUGCCGAGUUGUGCUGUAACCCCAUUCAUUUCUUCACUAGCACCACUACACUGCGACCAAGAUGGGCAUGUAGCCUACAGCCAUAAGAUCUAAAAGCAGAAGCUAGCCUGCCUCCUAGCAUUUGUUUCCUAUGCCAGUCCAUAGUACCCAUGUGCAGCAUUCCAAUAGUAUCAAAAUUAGGACACUAACUUCUGGCCUCAGCAUCUCAGGAAUGCAAAGACAUACUGGGAAAGACACUACUAGUUAGGAGAUUAAUUACAGUAAGACAUGGUUUGUUUCACCUUCACUUCUGUCCGGAACCGUCCGUCAGGAGAAAAGAUACAUUGACAUUGUACCAUCAGUUUACUAGGUUGAUUUUAUCAAAAGCACAACCUUCAUUCGCCAUUUCCCUUUUUCCUCACAUAUCAGUAGAACACAAUAACAAUUGUUAUAUUUAAACUGUUUAGACAUUUUGAUGCUUUUCUCAAUUUUAAUAAAGCUUUGCAGCUUUGAAUAACA